AUGGCUCCCAUUCGACGAUACCUCCGCAUUAGCAAAUACUCAGUACUAGAAUGUCGCAUUUAUCUGGAAUCACCAUCUGAUUCACGAUGGCUCUUGGACUCUCGCGAUCCUGUCCUGCCCCGCAUCAUCGCUGCCGUUCGACCGCUGGUCCUUCCGAAGCUGCGUGAAGAAAAUGAGCGGUUGUUCAUGCGUAAGAAGGGCAAGCCAGUCAAGGAUGUCAUUGCAGAAGAUGACUUUGAAGUGGCCAUCUUCCUCCGCGAAUCCCGCACCCGCCAUUCACUCCUCACGCGCAACAAGACAUUCCAAGGAAAGGAAAAUCAGAAUCAAGAGUUGAACAUCGAGGUGAAACCGGACCAUGUCUUGGGGGAUACGACUGCCAACCCGGUUAAGCCGGCAGAUGGCGAAAUUAUGAUCGAGAGUGACAGUGAGCCUGAUCUGGACUUGCACAAUAUUCCCGAAUCUGCGGAUGAAGUAGCACUGGGGACUGGACGGCGGGCAAGCAAGAGAAUUCGGUCAAUCAGGGAAGACCAGGUGCCACUCGAAGACACGACUGGGAGUGACGAAAAAAAGCUUCGUUUCAGCACCCAUUAUGAGAGCUUCAAUAUCUAUGGAUGGGUGUUAUGUCUGUUGAUAACCCGCAAGGGCGACAAAACCAGACCAAGCGCCGUGCCAUCUGAAUCAAAUCGGCAGCCUCUGAUGGAAGAAUGGAUUUCCACUCAGGCUCAGGCAUCUGUUGAGGAUUGA